AUGAUGACUAUGAGCUCCAUAUCAGACACUUUAGUAACGUCCGAUCCGUCCAAAUCUGCGUUUUUGGAGUUCGGUGGACACAGCUACCCUGGACACCCUGGACAUCAACAACCUUCGCCAGGCUUAUCCCACAACCAUUAUCCGGUCCACGGACUGCACGCUGUCGGACCCUCGCAGCACGAUGGGCCCUUCUCCUCCGGGGCUUCCUCUUACGGUCGCCCGCUGGGAUACCCACCCUACCACAGUCCAGUGAGCGCGCAUCACCCCGGUGCCUACCUGCCUUAUCAGCACGGGGGUCACACCAGUCUCGGACACACCAGACUGGACGAUGCGGAGCAUGAGAAGCCCACAGCGGUGAUAGAAAAUGGAGAAGUGAGGCUCAAUGGAAAAGGGAAAAAGAUCAGGAAGCCUCGGACCAUCUACUCUAGCCUGCAGCUACAGGCACUCAACCAGCGCUUCCAGCAAACCCAGUACCUCGCCCUGCCCGAGAGGGCCGACCUGGCUGCCAAACUGGGCCUCACGCAGACACAGGUGAAAAUAUGGUUCCAAAAUAAACGAUCUAAAUACAAGAAGAUCAUGAAGAACGGGCCCUGUGGACCCGAGGGAGAACACCUUGCCCCUCCACCACCAGCCUCCUCCUCUCCGUGUUCUUUGUGGGAUAUCAGCAUGGCUGCCAAAGGUGCACCGGUGCACUCAGGAGGAUAUGUGAACAAUUUUGGACACUGGUAUCCCGGACACCAGCAGGAACCCAUGCCAAGAACUCAGAUGAUGUGA